UGGAUUGUGUUUUAAAUUUUUAGUAAAAUGUCAAUAAAAUCUUGACCUUGAAAUAGCAACAAGCGUUCUAUUGAUCCGUAUUACAGUCAAUUACGUCACUGAUAACGUACCAGGCAGCGAUUACACCAUCUACAAUAAAUGAUACGAAACAUUAUAUCCAAAAUGCCGUUCAAGAGUAUUAAAGCACGUCAGAUCUUCGAUUCUCGCGGUAACCCAACCGUCGAAGUUGACUUGGUCACCGAUUUGGGUCUAUUUCGUGCGGCCGUCCCAUCGGGGGCUUCAACCGGUGUUCAUGAAGCUUUGGAGCUGCGUGACAACGUUAAGGGUGACUGGCACGGCAAGGGUGUUCUGAAAGCAGUGGAGAACAUCAACAAGACCAUCGCACCAGCCGUGCUAAACUCGGGUCUCUGUGUUACUCAACAGAAAGAGAUUGAUGAGCUCAUGUUGAAGCUGGACGGAACAGAGAACAAGUCGAAGCUGGGCGCUAACGCCAUCCUCGGUGUUUCUCUAGCCAUCUGCAAGGCCGGUGCCGCAAAGAAGGGCAUUCCACUAUACAAACAUAUUGCUGAGCUUUCUGGUAAUGGAAACAUCAUUCUGCCGGUGCCGGCUUUCAAUGUCAUCAACGGCGGUAGCCACGCCGGUAAUAAGCUUGCUAUGCAAGAAUUUAUGAUUCUUCCGACUGGAGCUUCGUCGUUCACCGAAGCCAUGAAGAUUGGCACUGAGGUGUACCACCACUUGAAGAGUGUUAUCAAGGCUAAGUUCGGUCUGGAUGCCACCGCUGUUGGUGAUGAGGGUGGCUUUGCUCCCAACAUUCUUGAAAAUAAGGAAGCCCUGAACUUGAUCCAGGAUGCUAUUGCAAAGGCUGGUUACACUGGCAAAGUCGAAAUCGGUAUGGAUGUUGCUGCUUCGGAGUUCCACAAGGACGGCAAGUACGAUCUGGACUUCAAAAACCCCAACUCGGACAAGAGCGCAUGGCUGUCUCCGGAUUCGUUGGAGGAAAUGUACCAAGGAUUCAUCAAAGGUUUCCCUAUUGUCAGCAUUGAAGAUCCCUUCGAUCAAGACCACUGGGAUGCCUGGGCAAAGAUUACUGCUAAUACAAGUAUUCAGAUUGUUGGUGACGAUUUGACAGUAACUAAUCCGAAGCGUAUUGCUACCGCUGUUGAGAAAAAGGCUUGCAACUGCUUGUUGCUAAAGGUCAACCAGAUUGGCUCUGUAACCGAAUCCAUCAACGCCCACUUGCUGGCCAAGAAAAACGGCUGGGGUACCAUGGUAUCGCAUCGUUCCGGUGAAACCGAGGAUACUUUUAUUGCCGAUCUAGUCGUUGGCUUGAGCACUGGACAAAUUAAGACUGGUGCUCCAUGCCGAUCGGAGCGACUCGCUAAGUACAACCAGAUUUUACGCAUUGAAGAGGAACUUGGAGCUGACGCCAAGUUCGCCGGAAAGAAUUUCCGUCAUCCACAGUAAAUUAUCUUUAGCUUAGUAUUUACUAUACGCGCGUAGUUUAUAUUGUCUGUCACUCUCUCACACUCAUCAAAUGAGAAGUACUAAAAUCUGCCACACAAAAUAAGAUCUAAAAUGUAAGCAUUAGUAAUGUGUGUUCUAACAAUGCCCAUAAGACUUCAAAUGGGCUAAGCGAUUGGCUUUUUAUGAUUUACAAAAUCGUUAGUUUAAAUACCUACCUACCUUAACCGUAAACAUAUUCAGAACCCGUACAAGCGUACCAUCAGGAGGAUUUUUACCAACAUUUAAUAAAGUGAUUGUUACUGUUAAAAUCAAUGAAGUCUUACAAAAGUAAAAAUGAAGUACAUGAUUAUUCAUAAUAAAUACACGACAUACACAACAGAAUAACUGUCUUCUGCGUA